AUGCCCUCUCAUCAGGAUCUGCAGCGGAUACGCAAUAACUUGACAGAGAGCAAGAUUCUCACUGACAACGAGAAGAAUGUGUUUGAGCCCCUCGGCCACAUCAUUGCUGAAAUUUUGCCCGAAGUCCUGAAUUGUGGAGUGUCCUUUAUAGCGAACCCAAACGUAACACCCCUCUCGCAGUGCAACAAUACUUCCAGGCCUGAUGGAUACCUUGUACUUAGCAACAAAAAAACCCAGCCCAAGAUACAUUGGUUUGAUAUUGCUGUGCCAUUCGAGUUCAAGAAGGCACAGGAUAGAGAGUCUCUCCGAGAUGACGAACAGAAGAUAAUCUGGAGCCUUCACAGUAUCAUGCACAAGGAUCUUCUUCGUUGUUUUGCGUUUGGUAUCACAAUGGAGGACACGCAAUUGAGACUGUGGCUCAGCAAUCGUGCGUUCCUUGUGGUUACAGAACCUAUCAACUUCUUCGAGAACAUCGAUGGUGUUAUCUCGCUCUUUUACACUCUUGGAUCUGCGUCUGCAUCUUCUACUAUGAAAGAGCUCAGAUGGGACCCCACUGUCGAGUGGAUCCAUGAUGGGGAGGGUUUCCAAUACAAGUUCACUAUCAGGGACGAAGUGUUCACCACGACACGUGAACUUGCAACCUAUGGCGCAGACUCUAUGGUUGGGCAUGGAACUCGUGUGUACGAAGCUACGGACGCCGAGGGAAAGAAAGUUGCUGUCAAAGAUUCAUGGAGAGCAGCUGGACAUCAAUCAGAGGGCGAGAUCCUAGAAAACAUCUUGGCUUCCUGUGUGGAGAAGCUGCAAGCGGAGGAGUUGGCGGAUGCCAAGAGGCACUUUGUUGGAGUCUGGCUCUGGAAGGAUGUGAUAAUCAACGAUACCCCAGAUGAGACGCUGGACCCAAUGUUCGCAGAAGAGCAUAAUCAUACCUGGCACACAGGCGAUGUACUUGACUCUGGUCAGCUGUCUACCUUUCUUCCCACACAAUUGGGCAUUAUUGCGCGAAAAGACACUGUCAUCCCACGCAGAGUCCAUACUCGCACUAUCUUCCUUGAUGUCGGAGUAGCUCUCAAGGAUGUCACCUCUUUGGCCAACAAUCUGAGUUGCUUGUCUGGCACACUUUUGGCCUUGCAUUAUAUGCACAAAGCAGGCUGGGUCCAUCGCGAUUUCAGCAUCGGGAACACAAUUUGGGUCGGGGGUGUGGGGAAGUUGGGUGACUUCGAGUAUGCAAAAGAGAUAGAUUCAAACACUUCUAAUGAUGUUCGAAUGGGAACAAUGCAUUUCAUGGCAGUGGAAGUAGAAAGCCAGAAUUACCUUUUCCUCCCACGUCAUGCACACUGUCUGGACCAACCUACAUUUCGCAUGAAUUUCCUGCACGACAUUGAAUCCAUAUGGUGGGCAUUUACCUGGAUUUUAUUUUAUCACACGGACACGAAGAUGGCAAAUGCUGACCAUUCCUUUGAUGCACAUGCUCAGUUGAAAGAAUACCAAGUGGCCUUCCCUGGUUUUAAGCUUGAAAAUCUUCUUUCAAAGACGUGCUUUAAUGUUUGCAGCCCUAUUAUUCCUAAUUUCGCAGCCGCUCUCCAAGAUGGCUAUGAAAGGGCGGAGGCAAAUUUUCCCUUCCUAGCGCUUGACGAUGCUCUUCUGAACGAUAUGCACACAAAAGCGGCAGCAUAUCUUAAUGAUGCACAACGGCGUGCUGGUGGCAUAGAACUUUGUCCGCUCUCCAAUCUCCUGAAGCAGAAGAGGCCCAGACCGGGAGAUGAAACAUUGCUUCUGCCAAAAAAUCAAGGGAAGAAGGCUCGAUAUGCUUGAUUUUUGAUUGUUUGUAUGAGAAAGAACCAGGAGAUGGUAGCUUGGCGUCUGGUAGCUGUUAUCUCGUGGUUCCGCGGGAUCAAACGUUUCGUCCUUACAUAUAUUAGUUAGCGGUGUGCAUAUGCUAUCGGCCUCCAAUUCAACCCGCUUAAUGAUCUUCUCCAUCCUCAGGACCUGCGGCU